GGGACAACAUGGCGGCCGCCGGCGCUGCCGCCCUGCUGCUGCUGGGGUGCUGCGGCGCGGCGCUCGCCGGCGGCGUACAGGAUCAAGCAGAACAGUUCUUUAAAAGUGGUCAUACAAAUAACUGGGCAGUUUUGGUGUGUACAUCUCGAUUCUGGUUUAAUUACCGUCACGUGGCAAAUACUCUUUCAGUGUACAGAAGUGUCAAGAGACUGGGCAUUCCUGAUAGUCACAUUGUGCUGAUGCUGGCAGAUGAUAUGGCAUGUAAUCCCAGAAAUCCCAAACCAGCUACUGUGUUUAGUCAUAAAAACAUGGAGCUAAAUGUUUAUGGAGAUGAUGUGGAAGUGGAUUACCGAAGUUACGAGGUUACUGUGGAAAAUUUCUUGCGUGUAUUAACAGGAAGAAUUCCACCAAGUACACCUCGAUCUAAACGUCUUCUUUCUGAUGACAGAAGCAAUAUCCUAAUAUAUAUGACGGGUCAUGGUGGAAAUGGUUUCCUAAAAUUUCAAGAUUCUGAAGAAAUCACAAAUGUAGAACUUGCUGAUGCCUUUGAACAAAUGUGGCAGAAAAGAAGGUACAAUGAAUUGUUGUUUAUUAUUGAUACUUGUCAAGGAGCAUCCAUGUAUGAACGAUUUUAUUCACCUAAUAUAAUGGCCUUGGCCAGCAGCCAAGUAGGAGAAGAUUCUUUAUCGCAUCAGCCUGAUCUUGGGAUUGGAGUUCAUCUUAUGGACAGAUACACAUUCUAUGUUCUAGAGUUCUUGGAAGAAAUUCGUCCAUCCAGUCAGUCAAAUAUGAAUGACCUAUUUCAGGUGUGUCCGAAAAGUUUGUGUGUUUCUACACCUGGCCAUCGAACUGAUCUCUUUCAGCGAGACCCUCAAAAUGUUCUGAUAACAGACUUCUUUGGCAGUGUAAGAAAGGUGGAAAUUACAACAGACACUAUUUCUUUGGACCCUAGUUUAGCUGCCUUUGAAAGCAAGCCUCCAAAGGAUGAGUUGGCAGCAGAACCACUGAAGUAUGCUGAACAACUUCCUGUGGCUCAGAUAAUACACCAGAAACCAAAGCAAAAGGACUGGCAUCCUCCUGGAGGAUUUAUUCUAGGACUCUGGGCAUUGAUUAUCAUGGUUUUCUUUAAAACAUACGGAAUCAAGCACAUGAAACACAUCUUCUGAAUCUGAGCAAGCAAGAUGUUUGCAUUGACUGCUACUUGGGAUUCAAUGGUGCCAUCAGUUCUGUGUAUGUGUAAUACGGACGUAGUAAAAAACAGUGUUGAAACGUCACUUACAAACGUUCUUCUGAAACAGUCUGCCUCUUUUUUUGAAAAGAAUCUAACAAAUUGUUAUUAAAUUUUCUUUCUUUUUUUUUUUUACUUUAUCUUGUUCAAAUAUAUUGUAAUGCUUUCUGAGCAAUUUUUGUUUAUAGUUAAAUUUUAAGAAAGGAGGAAAGACCUUAAACAUCUUAGCAGAAUCUCUGAGGUUGAUUAUGAAUUGUAAAUGGGUGAAUUGUUUUCCAUGUGCUUCUAAGUAAAUUUUAGAAAUAGUCACCUAUGAUUGAAGAACGAGACAGUAUGCAGAAUGUUAUUUAAGAUGUCAUUUUAUCAAUAAAAAUUUAAGCCACUUUGCAGACUUUGACAUGGCAUAUUGAAAGCUUUCUCUACAGAAAUAAAAAUAACGUAGAAAAAUAUUGAUCUUGUUUUUCUGUUAAGUGCCAUCCUUAGAUCAAUCCUUUUACCUUAGGCAAUUUUGGCUUUAGGAUUCUUUGAGUUAGUAAAAGUAAAACCAAAAUGCAGUCAAACAGUGACCUCACUGAAUCUACUUGAAUAAAAAAAAAUGCCAGAAAGAGUAAAAAAUAGGACUUCACCGUGUCCAUUAGAAACCCUUCAUAGGCUUUGUGUUUUAACUCCAUUCAUUAGAGAGCUGGAGGCUUCCUGGGUUUUCAGUACAGUGUUUUUGCACAGAGUAAAAUUGACUUUGGCAUCAGGAUGAAAAAUGUUAUAAAUUGUACUAUUGUAUUCUGUAGUUUCUGAGCGCUUGGGAAAAUGAGCUUUAUCAUUCAGGUUUUGUAAAUUCUGUUUUGACAUACCAAUUUGUUCUUCUUGGACGUUUACUGAUGAAUGUAUGUUAAAUGGGUUUUGUCUGUAUAUUGUAUUGUCAUUUUAGUGACAAGAAGGGCAAAUUUAUUCAUGUACAGAAAUAAGCCUACCAGGUAAGAGAAGUUUUUGCAGUAUGCUUUUGGAACCUGUUCUCUAUCCUAAUAAUAAAGCUGACAUAUACAUGGUGUAA